UCCAGCUUCUGACGACCGGACGGGGGAUCUCAGCUGCCGAUCUGGUAAGGUGCCUACCAGCCAGCAGGAUGCCAACUAGAGCCAUGGAACAGCAGAGGCACCACAUGCCCCCGUUCCACCUCACCGCCGACUCCGAAUCCUCAUUCUCCCGUCAGAGGCCAGUUGGACCUUUCAGGCAGGAGCCUUGCCAUGAGAAUGUUGAAAGGUUUUCAUUGAUUUCGGGAAGCAAGUCUGUUGCGUCAUCUCCAGUUCAUAUGCUCAGGCCUGCUGGCGUGGAUCAGUUAGAGCUUAUGGAACCACAUAAUCUGAUGGACCAGAAAACUCCCUUUGGCGAGCACAAGUUGUUGGGCCAACAUAGGCAUGCUAACCUGCCGCCAACCCUGUGGAGACCUGAUCAAGAUACUGUGCAACAACAUGAUUCGAAGCCAUUGGCUUUAUUUCCUAAUGUUCGAAAGGGACAUUUAAGUAUGACCCACUAUGAGAAUGGACUUUUCUCAAGCUCCCUUCCAGACAUUUUUGACAAGAAAUUGAGACUAACACCCAAGAAUGGCCUUGUUGGCCAGCCAGUCGGAAAGGAACUCAACCAUGAUGAUGAUGAGCCUUUUGAGUUAACUCAGGAAAUUGAGGCACAAGUAAUUGGCAAUCUGCUUCCUGAUGAUGAUGACCUAUUAUCAGGUGUUCUUGAUAAUGUGGGGUACCCUGCCCUUGCUAAUAAUAGAGAUGACAUUGAUGAUGAUAUAUUCUCUACUGGAGGUGGAUUGGAACUGGAAGCUGAUGAAAAUAACAAACUGUUAAAACUUAACGGUGGAGGCAACAACGGUCAGAGUAGGUUAAAUGGCCUAUUGUAUGGAGAAACCUCAUAUGGGGAACACCCCUCGAGAACCCUUUUUGUUAGAAAUAUGAAUUCCAAUGUUGAGGACUCCAAAUUGAAGCUCCUAUUUGAGCAAUAUGGGGACAUCCAAAGACUUUAUACCGCAUACAAACAUCAUGGUUUUGUGAUGAUUUCUUACUACGAUAUAAGAUCUGCAGAACAUGCCAUGAAGGCGCUCCAAAGCAAGCAAUUCAGGCACUGGAAACUUGACAUACAUUACUCCAUCCCAAAGGAGAAUCCUUUGGAGAAAGAUAAUAACCAGGGUACACUUGCAGUGAUUAACCUUGACCCAUCUGUAACUAAUGAUGAUCUUCAGCAUAUAUUUGGUGGCUAUGGUGAAAUCAAGGAGAUACAUGAGACUUCACAAAAGAGUUGUUACAAAUCCAUCGAGUUUUAUGAUUCUAGAGCAGCUGAAGCUGCAUUUUAUGCGUUAAACAUGAGAGACAUUGCAGGAAAGAAAAUCAAAUUAGAGCCCUGCUGCCUGGGCGACAAUAAACGUUUGAUGCAGCAAAGGCCUCCUGUGUUGGAGCAGGAAGAGUUUGGUGCAUGCAGACUAGGAAAUGCCAACAGUCUGCCAUCAACUCACUAUGGCUCUGUCAAUAUGGCAUCCAUGACAUCCACUGGCCAUGAACAUGGGAUCACUCGGGUUCUGCGUUCCAGAGUACAGCCUUCAAUAAACCAAUUCAGGGAGGGAACUUUCCUGGAUGGUCUGUCAAGUACUAGGCAAAACAUAUCCUCUCCUGUUAGAAUUGCAACUGCAGGGACACAUAACAACCAGUCUGCUCUUGGUGAGCAUGGUCAUUCACUUGGAAAGAUGAAUGGACACUUGAAUUAUGGAUUUCAAGGGAAUGGAGCUUUCAAUCCACAUUCCCUUCCCGAGUUCCACACUGGCCAAAGCAAUGGCAUUCCUUACAACUUAAGCACCAUACCACCCAUUGGAGUUAAGAGCAAUUCUAGAACUGCUGAAGGAAUAGAUAACAGGCAUCUUUACAAAGUUGGUUGUGCUAAACUUGGUGGUCAUUCUUCUGGUCAUAGUGAAGCACUUGGGUUUUCAAGAACUGGAAGCUGCCCCCUCCAUGGCCACCAAGUAGCGUGGAAUAAUACAAAUAACUCCCAGCAUCAUACCUCUUCUCCCAUGCUAUGGCCAAACACAGGGCCAUUUAUCAAUAAUAUACCAGCUCGUCCUCCGGCGCAAGUGCAUGGUAUUUCUAGAGCAUCUCGCAUGCCUGAAAAUUCCCUUGCAGCGAGUCAUCAUGUCGGAUCUGCACCGGCUGUCAAUCCAUCAAUCUGGGAUAGGAGAAAUGGAUAUGCAGGGGAGCUGAUGGAAGCACCAAGUUUCCAUCCUGGGAGUGUUGGAAGCAUGGGUUUCUCUGAUAGUCCACGUCUGCAUCAGUUGGAGCUCACUGGCAUGUUUCCCCAGAAUGGAGGGAACCCAGCCAUGUCCCCUGGGCAUGUUAGUGGUCGAUCUCAUCAGAGGGGGCAUAUGUUUCAUGGAAGGAGUCACAUAGGUCCCCUUCCAUCCUCAUUUGAUUCACCGGGUGAACGUACAAGGAGCCGAAGAAACGAGUCAUGUUCUAAUCAAUCUGAUAACAAAAGGCAGUAUGAGCUUGAUGUCGAACGUAUAGUCUGUGGCGAGGAUUCCAGGACUACAUUAAUGAUAAAGAAUAUCCCAAACAAGUAUACUUCUAAGAUGCUUUUGACCGCUAUUGAUGAAAAUCACAAAGGAACUUAUGAUUUCAUCUACCUGCCAAUUGACUUUAAGAAUAAAUGCAAUGUGGGUUAUGCAUUCAUCAACAUGAUCAGUCCUGAGCAUAUUGUUCCAUUUUAUAAGAUAUUUCAUGGGAAAAGGUGGGAGAAAUUUAACAGUGAGAAGGUGGCAUCACUUGCAUAUGCUAGAAUCCAAGGAAAAUCAUCUCUAAUAGCUCACUUCCAGAACUCAAGUUUGAUGAACGAGGAUAAACGCUGCCGCCCUAUACUCUUCCACUCAGAUGGUCCAAACGCAGGAGAUCAAGAACCGUUUCCAGUGGGAACACACAUCCGUUCUAGGCCUGGGAGAUCCAGGAUUUUGAGCUGUGAAGAAAGUCACCGGGACAUCCUGUCAACCUCUGCCAACAGUUGGACUCCUUCUAACGGAGGCAGCCACUCUUCAGGCUACCCCAAGGAUGCUGAUCCAACCAUGGCUUGAAAGCUGAAGCACUAACCACACCAUCCAACCUUUUGACAGUUGCAAUCCCAGUUUCGCACUACCAUCUUUUUUCCACCGUUUUGCUUUGUUUGGUAUGUUGAUAGCAUGUAGCUAUGUACUUCAACGUUGUGGGUUACUGGAGGCUCCCUAGAGGCUGCAAGUUUUGUUGCUGAGGAAGAAGCAAGGGGAUGGACAGAGGGUGCUCUCAGCUUCUCCUGAGCCUAUAUGCAUAUUAACUGAAGGCCGCUGAAGGCAAAACUCACAGGGAGGUCUCCAAGAUUUUGGACUGUUAAGGUAUAACCCAGUAUUGUACAGGGUUUCCUAGUAAGAAUAUGCAUGAUUCCGGGGGCAGCCAAAACCUGAAAACGUUUACUCUGUUUUGGUGCUGUAGUAUGAAAGGCAGCCUGUGCCCCCCACUGCGUCUUUCGAUACUGUUUUGAUGUUAAUUUCACUGUAGUGCCGUGUGCUGGAGAGCUCGAUUUUGGGUGUCAGGAAUGUAGCGUCCGUGCGGUGCUACUGAAGCUCAAGUGUAUGUAUGGACAGCAUGGUACCGUAAUUUACUGCCCUUGUUUUGUACUAUGUUUAUGUUUUGUGGUAAAUCAAUCACCGCUUGA